AUGUUCUACGACGAGUCCUACUCGCAUUACUCGUGUCCCUCAUUCCAGUACUGCCAUGCUCUGCCGCCUAGGUACUGCAGUUCGACGUGGAAAUCGAUGGAGGCCGGCUUCCCACCGCCAUUCACGAGAGAUCCACCCGAGAGACGGCCAAAACCGCCUCGGAGACCUUCGUGAGUAUUUGAUUUCCUGUUUAUCUUCAUUAAAUCGUUCAAUUUCAAUAAAUGGAUAAAGCAAUGAUGAAAUGUCUUUGCAUUAAGUCUACUUUGAUUCAAAAAAACCCAAACAUGCUGGAAAGCUGGUUGUGUUAAAUAAUUAGAGAGCUCCUUUGAAACCCCUGAAGGUGAAAACAAUUUGUGAAAAUUGAGAAAUUUGAUCGUGAAAUUACCAUAGAAAUUGCAGAAGAGAGCUACCGUGGCUGAUCAUCAUGAUUCAAUUCAUCAUAAUAGUGGCUCUGAUCGUUUCUAUUUCUAUGUAUAUGGUCAGUCGUCCUGUCGAGGUCAGUUGAGUCUCUCAUUCAAAUAAACUUUUUAAUUAAAGACUAGCAAUUUCUCGACAACAGUCACGUUCGACAGCGUCCAGAUCAGAAAUUUGCCGACACCUCCAAAUUUUCGCAAAAUUGUCAAGGUGCCGCCAGCAACUCGUCCCGUGGUAGAAAUUGAAAUACCCUCUAUAUUUGAUAGUAAGAAAAUCUUCAAGAAGGAAGAUUCUUCAAUGUUUUCAGAACAACUAAAUAAAAAAACCACAUGAAGGAAAUCGACGAAGAAGAGGAAGAAGAAAAUGAGUCGUCAUUGGAGUCUGGUGGCUUCAAGGCUGCUGUUUUCUCGGAAAGCGCUAUUUGUAGUGAAAUCGGAAGGUGCAGAAAAGAGAAGAAAAAGUUGACAGGGAUGAUUUGAAGGUCUAUACUAGUCCGUGGAGGAAACGCAGUAGAUGCUGCGAUCGGCACGAUGGUCUGUAUGACGGCCGUCCAUCCUCACAAGGCGAGUCUUGGCGGAGGAAUGAUCAUGCUUGUGAACGAUAAACAGAAAUUCUCGGUGAUCACAGCCAGGUAAAUGGUCGGAAUUCGCGUAUCUUCUUCGAGAAUGCUAUGGAAACUGAUUCGAAUUGAAGGGAAACUGCUCCAGCGGCUGCCAGCCAAGCUUACUUUUCUCGAAAGCGUGUGGACGCCGAACAAGGGGCUAAGGCUUCUUGUGUUCCAGGAAAUCUGAACGGCCUUUUCCGAGCCUACGAGAAAUAUUCAUCGAAGCGGAUCAGUUGGAAACAACUUUUCGUCCUCACCAUCCAUCUCUGUACUCGAGGCUUUGAAGUAGACGAGGCGUUGGACGAUGCUUUGCAAACUUAUCCUCAUUCAAUGAUCAAUGACGAGCAGUUCAGGUAUUAAUGGUUGAAAAAUUUGACUGAUACUAAUAAUUUUUCUCUCAGACGUACCUUUUUCAACAGCAAAACAAACAAAACGUUUACAAAAGGUGAUAUUUUGACUUGUCCCGAACUUGCCGCGACGCUAUCUGACUUGUCGGAAUACGAAGAUCCAGUCGACUACUUCUACCGAGGCGACAUCUCUGAAAGACUUGUUCAAGAGCUUCAAUCACGAGGUAUCACAGCGAAAAGAACAAAGCUAAAAAUUUUUGUAACCAGACGGUAUUCUUACUAUUUCUGAUUUCGAAGACUACGAAAGCGACAUCAGCGAAGCGAUUUGUUCUAGCAUCGACAGAAAAUCGUCGAUCUGUGGCCCUGGCCCGCCUUCCAUUUUCAUGCUCCUAGCUAACUCAAUAGCCGCAGCGAGAAGUUCUGUCUUUUAGUUAGCAAUACUCAUUUCCCUUUCUUAGACUCCACCGAAGAAGAGGCGCUGGAUAUUGAUAACAUUGCUUGGGAAAAUAUUCGCAUGAUAGCCGAUCCUGUGUUUUUCCCUUUGGCCAGAAGCUUCACUCGUUCACUAACAGAGCAGCAAUCGAUCGAACAGACAAAACUGAUAGGAGUUUCUGAGAAAAGUUUGAGUAAGUACAUUUUUGCUGUAUAUUUCUGUUAAGAGGAAAAAGCCGAACAGUUAGAAAAGAAGAGAAAUGAGGAAGGUUCGACUACUGUGCUGGUCGUUGAUGAAAACGGAAUGAACGUGGUUCUGACCUUUUCUCUCGGAGACCAGUGAGUCAAAAUUUCUAGAGAAGAAAUGAGAGUUAACAACAGAUUCGGGAACAAAUUAUACUCGCAACUGGGUUUCUUCAUGAACAACCAGAUGCGAAGUUUUUCUUCUUUCGAAAACACGCCGAACUCUCUUCAACCUGGGAAAGUUCCUGCAACGAGUAUGUCUCCAAUUAUUUUCCUCAAAAAUAAAAAAGUGAGUUUCCGAAAAAGCAAUAUCUAAACGACUUUCUCUUGAGGUUGAAGCUCUCUUCGGUGGGGCCGAUUAUGAUGUUCUGUGGAGGACUUUACGAAAAAUUGAUGGAAAUCAACUUGAUUCCUCACGAGAUUCUUUAGCUCCUGUGAUCACCCUUUCCAGCUUAAACAUUUCCUUAAAAUUUGCCGAGAGAAACUUCAUUAAAGGAUAUUGAACUAUUAUUUGAAUAUUUAUAAAGAUUCGUACCUCAUUGAAGAUGGGCCUUUGGUUUGUUUUUUCUUUGUAGCUCUUUUAUGACUGAAAAAACGGGUAAAGGGUAGAAAAAAGGAAUGCUCACAUGAGGGUAACAGUCAGAAGUCAGUGGGGGUCAGCGCCACAGCUCUGAACUGAUUGAAAUCAAAUAUAUACUUUAAUACAGCAAAACGUCACCUUUUUUGAAGACUGACAAGCCUUUUGGGGAAGUGCAUUCUCGGACAUUGGUAACGCGAAAACGGACACGAAUCGGACGUGUCGGGGGGCAUUUCUAGUGACUACUUUAUUAGCGUCAGCACGCUUAAUUUUUCCCUAGAAAUGCUCAGAAAUGUCCGGAGCACGUCCGGUUCUCGUUAUAUAUAUACCAAGGUCCGAGUUUUUUGUACUGGCGGGCGAAAUUUCAAAAAGUUGCUGUUCGUAGCGAGGAAAGUGCGCCCCACCGAUCGGUGGUGUUAAUAUUUUUUUCGAAGCUUUUCUAUAUAGAUAUAUAUAUAUAUCUAUCGAAAAAUGUGAACUUAUUUUUCUCUAAUUUCAAUCUUUUGUUAGCUGUAGAAUCUGUUUUGAUUUUUUUAUUUCCUACAUUUUGUCGUAGUUCCAGUUUUAAGCAUCAUUAUUGGCUGAAAACUUUGAGUGAAACUUCUUAUAGGUAUUUUGCAAGAUGGUUCAAUGAAAUUCGCACCGAAGUUUUCAACUUUUACAGCACGAUACUUCAACCAAUUUAGAUUUCUUUACAAGGUUCGUUUUUUCCAAUCUUUUUUAGUGGAUACAUUAAUUUUUUUUAGCGAAACAUGGACGCAACAAGUAGCAUUUUGGUUCCCCCAGAAGACGUACGUGGGAUGACCAAACUGGUUAAAGAAAAGUUCAAGUAAGAAUUUUGUUUAUUUGCUCUAACAGUUUAUUUUAGUGUUUCAGUGAAGUUUCCAGUGCUGGAAGUGGAUUCCAAAGAUAUAGAUGUGAUCAGUAGGAGAGUUCGUUUGGAAGAAUUUCUGAUUGGACAGCGGUUGAAACCUCUGAAGGUAAGAAUCUCAACGUGUUGAGAUCAUCUUUUCUCAGAACUUUGUUGACGGGACUACUCAAAAUCGGAAAUACAUUGUUUUUAAUCCGGACAAAGUGGAUAAGGACGAUGAAGUGCUAAAAACGAAGAUUUCUCAUUUAAUUAUCGACCAAAUUGGAGAAGGUUUUGUCCUCAGUUUAAUCUGUGCUCAAGCGAGUAUAUUGUAGAAAAGAUUGAAAAAUUACGAUGGAAUGAACUCGAAAAGCUGAUUGGAUUCGAUAAUUGGGACCUGAAAACGCUCAUAAAAUCUGUCCUACCUGAUAAUUUGGAAUACAGGUAUUAGAAAAAAAAAACUAAAUUUUAUUUCACGCCACCUUUGCAUUUCAGUAGUUUCACGCAGUCUGGCCACAUCAUACAUUGCAAUUUUUCGGAUCAACUGCUCCCGUUUCGGUUCAUUAUCGCUGAGAUUCUACUCAAUAAAGUCAACAACUGCAGGUUUGUUUCUUAUCAUUACAUUCACAGGAAAUUUCAGGCAUCUUUUUCAGAACAGUUGUCCAAAAAUCUUCCAUUAUCACCAACGUAUAUCGGAAUUUGGAGCUAGAACUAUUGGCUGGAGAAGAAGAUUACGUGACUGAACUGAGAGAAGAAGGUCUGCGUUAUAAACUCGACUUCAGUAAGGUAAAGCAGACUUUCAAAAGGUUCAUUGUUUCAUUCAUGGUCAGGUGUACUGGAACUCAAGGUUGAGCCACGAACACGCCCGCGUCAUCAAGAAGUUCGACAAAAACUCGUUAGGUUCGAAUGAUUUUUUGGAUGGCGGGAAUUUUUCCAAUAUUCAGUCUAUGACGCAUGUUGUGGGAUUGGGCCUUUUGUUCUGCCAGCGUGGCUGAAAAGAAAACCAAGAAGAAUCGUCGCGAACGAUUUGAAUCCGGAAAGUGUCCGCUGGCUAAAGGAGAACGUCAAGAUCAACAAGGUUAGAAAAUUUCGACAGGUAGCAGCUCUUUUAUACUAAUAAUAGCCUUAACAUCAACAUUUGAAAAAAAUUAUAUCAAUACUCUCACCAUUGUUUCAUUUCCAUCAUUUACCUUUUCAUCGUGUUUUUUUUUCGAAAAACAAAUUUAAAAAAAGAGAGAAAUUUCUGUUCGAAUGAUUUCGAAUGUGUCGUUUCCGCUCCACUUUUUUUAACAAAAAGCUUUUCAAAUUGGCAUAUAAUCUCCAUAAUUUUUUUCGAAGUUAUAGUUUAAUAUUUUUCUUUUUCGAAGGUUCCAUCCACUGCACUUGAGGUUCACAAGGAAGACGCUUCGAAAUUUAUUUCUGGCGUCGUUGCUGACGACUUCUUGAAAGUGCGUUUUUUCAAAGAUAUUCUUUCUACAUGCCAAUUUAGGAAAUUUCAAAAAAUGAGACAGAAACGUCUUUUCCUUCAGGGGUUCACGUUAUCAUGAACCUUCCGGCCUUUGCCAUCAACUUCCUGCCCGCUUUCAGGGGGAUUUUGAGAGACAGGUAAUUCGAAACUAUUCUGAUGUUUUCGAAUUGGAUUUUUUUUCCAGGUUAGAUAGGGUACCGGAAGAGCGGAGAUGUUCCUGGACUGUUUAUUGUUAUUUGUUUGCUAAGGUACAGUUUGAACCAACUUUGUUAAAAAUAUUUUUUUCUCCAGUUUUUGAAUUUCCAGUCUUAGAAUUCAAUUUAUUUGUUUUUAAGAGCUUUUUAGAAAAAAAUUUUUUUGAAAUCUAAAAAAAUAACUUUCUUUUGUUCAAAGUUUAAAAAAACAAUUGUCAGUCGCACAUUGACGUGGAGGAGGACUGGUACGAGAAAGAGGCGAGGCGGAUGGUGGAAGAGAAACUCGAUUGGCCUGACCCUCUCAUCUCUCACAUGCACAAUGUAAAUUUCACUCAAACGUUGAUUCUAAAAUGUUUAAGAAAUUUAUAACGAAAAAAAUGGGCAGGUUGUAGUUUUUCAUGAGUCAUAAUUGUAGUUCGAAAAAUAUUGGGAGAAGUUAUAGACAUGUGUUUUUGGGUAGAUAAUCCAGGUAUAACUUCAGAAGAAUUUUUUUGAAAAAAAGAGGAAUUAAAAAGUCAGCAAGAAUUUUCUAACGAUCACAAAGAAUUUUAUUUCAAGAGAAAUAAGUAAAUCGGACUUAUUUUUCAUUUCUUUUUUUCCGAAGAUCCGUCUUACAAUUGAAAGUAACACUCUAUUGUGUUUGAAUUGCAUCAAACAAUUUUCACCUAAUCUAUUCAUUUGAGGUGCGGACAGUUUCUUCCCGCAAGGAGAUGUUCUGCGCAGAAGUUUCCAUCAGUUACGCCUACCUCACAGCCGAACCGAAGCCCUUGGAACCUUCAGAAUCUGAAGAACCUAGCGCGAAAAAGGCCAAGAACUGA